CACGAUUAAAGUCGUGUGUUGUUUGCGUCAGUUGCUCUAUGCUUGCAAGCUUGCAGCAGCACAGCUUAUGUUCGGAUCAGCUACGUGCACCGUAGUUCAGAUUCGAUGAAUAUUGCUAACAUGGCAAAUACAGAAUGCGCUAAAAUUUUUGUCGUUGGACGGGAUGGAAAUGGCAAAACUUCAACUAUUGCAACCAUUGUUGGAGAAAAGAGCGAAACUUUACAAACUUCUGGGGAAAUUGAGGUCAAAUUCUCCCCCAAAAAUAACGUCAGUCUGGCAGAUGGCGUGGGUGUUGGUGAGCCUUUAGAAGACCUGGUGCUAAAUGAUAUCAAAAUUGAGAAAAUAAUAAACAAUGUAGAUUAUGUGAUGAACAAUGUGUUUAAUAAAUUGUUAACUGCCAUUGUGUUUGUGUUUAAGUUUGGUGUUAGGUUCACAAUGCAGGAGAAGAAAUGUUUACAAAUUGUCAAAGAUAUCUUUGGACAGGACGUCAUGAAACGACGCGGUGUUGUGGUCAUAACCUAUGGAGACAAUUUUGAUAAGAAUGUUCAAGAAACAUUUCAAGAAUGGUGUCAAAAACAGGAAAGUAGUUUCCAGUCUCUGAUGGAAGAGUGUAACUACAGGUGUGUGUUGUUUGAUAACAGAGAUGGGUCAAAGCGUGAGACACAGGUGAAACAGUUCAUGGCAGCCGUGGCACAGAUUGAUCAUAAGCGUCCUUAUGAGUAUGCACCAAAUAGCAAUAGCCGGAAAAAGCUUAUUAAAGAAUACACAAUUCUGAAAGCAAAUAAGAAAAGUGAAGAAGAAGAAAACCAUAUCACCGAGAAGCAAGAAAAAUGCGAUACUAAAAAAUGUCUGGCUGCUUUAGUUAUUCUUAUUGUAAUAUUCAUUGGUAUAGCGAUUUUUUGUGCAUUUUAUUUUUUUUAAAACUAAAUAUUUCAACGAUACGUUAAAAAGAAAUCGAUACAUUACACAGAAAUUGUUUUUUUGAAACUUAUAUUUGUGUAGCGCUCCAUGAACUAUUGUGUUACAUUAUCUAACCAAAUAUCGAGAACCAAUCGGUUUUGUUUGUUGUAAAAACAAUGUUUGUGCUCCUUUGAAAUCCACAUUUUCUAUUUUGAAUAUGAUUUGAUGGUGCCUUUUUUCCAUCAUUACAUGUUUUUGAAAACAGAACGAGCAAUUUCUGUUUCAUUUUUCCACCUUCAAUAAAACUUUUGUGCGGAUCAAUUAUAAUUGCUACAUUAAAAUUCGUGCAUUAUAAUUAUAUAACUCAUUUAUUUAUAUUAGUUUAACAGAAACCUUUUCAAAAAUCGUUGAUUUCAAAUCCAUUACUAAGUUUAACCAGUGUUGGCUUUCAAACUAAUUUUAAUGUUUUUUAAAGAAAGUUUAUUAUUAAACAUGUUUUAUUUACAUCCGUUCACGGAGAAUGACCACUCUCAUCAAUCCACGUGCACCAAUAUAACAGUUUUGAUUAACAUUUUGGUGUUUUAAAAUGUUAUUGCGUUGGUAGCCAAAUAUUUAAAAUUGGUGCCCCAACCCAACACUCAAACAUUCUUAGUCACAUAGCGAUUGUUUUUACUGAAACAUAUUUUCUUAUGUGACUAUUUAAUUUUAGUACAAGUUAUAUUUUAUUGGUAGUGGUUAUGUUAGAUUAAUGUAUUGGGUUUUAUAGAAUGGGCUUUUGAAAUGAAAUAGUGGUGCCUUGCGUGCAAUACAUAAGAAUCUCAAAGUAGCUGAACAUAGAUUGUUGAUGGUAUUUUUUUUUCGUGUUCCCUUAUAAUCUUACUUAUAGACUAUCAUGAUAACAAGCACAUUUUUAUUGCUUACGAUUCCUUACCCAGCUAUGUACUAACUAAGCGACUGCAUUACUUCAGUUAGCGUAAGUUUAUCUGAGAGAACAUACAGUCGUAUGUUGUGGUAUUACUGCUCUACUUACCAAAUUGAUUCUCCGUUGUAUUUUACAGAUAUAUAUUGUACCAGCAUAAAUUGGUGCGUGGUUAUUUUUGUUAUGUUAGAUAAUAGUACUUACAUUUAAUUUGAAAUAUGUGUUGUAUGGAAAAAUAAUGUAAACUUCUAUAUUAGAGAGAAAAGAAAUCCUAAUAUAUAAAAGCCCUUGUGCGAGCUUCUCUCUCUUUGUCUCCCCGCAUGUCCUGAGCCUAAGAGAUCAGUAUUUUCAACAAUACAUGGAGAACUUUAAUAUACUGACAUUUAUUGAAGAUAAAAUUGUGGAUGUAUUAAAUGUAUAAACUAAAUUUUAUUUAAAGUAGGAAAAAAUAAUGCAACCGGUAAAGUGUUAUUGUUGUUACAAGAACGCAAAAAACAUUGGCGUCACAUUUCACAUGUUUAGACUACGAAAAGAAGACAACCCUAUGGCGUCAUCUUCCAAUUUUGGAAUAUGAACAACUGGAUUCUUUCGUGCAAAUUUAUUUAGAUCUAUAGAUAUACUUAUCAAGACGCACGCUACGAAAUGUAUACAAUUUUCUCGGCCUAAAUUAAUACAAAUUACUUUAAAAACAUCAUAAAUACCAUUGAUCAGCCGGGUUUUUAACAAAAUCAUUUAAGUCUCAUAGUUUAUUCAUUUAAUAUGGUAUUGUGUUAACUAAUAAUGUAUAUAAUUUGAUUUUAAUUUUUCUAAUAGGUAUUGGUAGUCUAUGUUAUUUUAAAUGUGUCGGAUUUUUUGGAGAUUUAGUUUUUUCUUUGCUUUGUCACUAAUAUUUUUCAACGCAAUUAUUUUUCCAAACAAGUAUAACAUCAAGAAUAUGUAGACCUAUAAUUCACAUUAAACAGCUAUACAUGGCUAGUGCAUAAUAAAUGUUGAUUUGAGGUAAAAAAAAAUUACUGCACAUUUUAAAGUGACACCUGACAAGUUGUAUGAAAUUUAAAAGAGGAUUUAUUUAAUUUUCAUGUAACUGGAACUCGUCCUCCGCAAACCCUACUCGGCAAAAGGAGAAAAAAAUAAUUUAACUAUUGUCUUCCCCCUCCCUUUCUAGAUCCACUCAAUGUAUGAAAAUGAUCGAAAGAAACACUGCUUAUGUAUUCAGUAACAGGUUCAAAUUGACCGUUGCAUCAGAUUAAAUAUAAUCGACGAGUUCAACACCUGGCCUAACUAGAUAAGCCUUGUAUGUUUUAUUUAUUUCGGGCACCUAAUAAUAUUGGGCAUUCUAAAAAUAUAGAACCUCCUGAAGAUACAGAAGGUCCAUUUUUGUGGGGCCUUAGGCUGCUGCUUUGCCAGCCCUCAAUCUUGCAGUUGAGGGAAAGACAGGGCUGAGCUUUGAACCGACCGCAUUACCCUUGCAUAGCCCGAAUUUACUUUAGUCUCAUCAAGGUUUCUGUGCUUGUUAGUUUUGUUGGGUUUUUUUUU